AUGCAUCCAGGCUGUUUGCUGAGGGCGAGUCGAAUAGGACCUCUGAACGCGUAUAAAUGGGGAAGGAAAGCAUUUAAAAUCAUGUCUUCUUUUGCUGAAGACAUGUGCUCCACUCUGGACGAUCUCGGCAAUUGCGACAUCGCUACCUUAUUACAUCAUCUGCUGCGUCGACUUUGCAACCUCCAAGACGCCACCAAAACACUAUUGAAGAAACACCAUGCUCGGAGAUGGUUCUCGGAUCCAGUACUUAGAACAGCAGGAGCCACUUAG